AUGUCUGCGCCUACUCUUAGGCGGCGUGCCGUCCCCGCCGAUCCUCAGACCGAGAGCGAGUCCUCUACACCCCGAGAUGAGAGUCCCGACAAGUCCGAGAAACACGCCCACGUCGUCCAACACUUGAAGCCAAAGACAAGAAAGCGCCGCAACACCGCCAUUUUCCUUCUCGGAAGCUUGUUCGGCAUUAUAGCUGCCGGCUUUUUUGCCAAAAGCAAUGACCUCAUCGACUUCCCUGAGCUGGGCGAGCUCAGCAUGGACAGCUUAUUCGACGUCUUACCCGCCGGUUUAGUCAAGGACAUGCGCGAUCUAGUGCAAGGCGAGCGCGAGUUCGUUGAUAGCUACGACGCUUUCUCAGUAGGUUUGCAGGCCCGCGCCGAAGGCCUCCACGCACACCACCCCAUGAUUAUGGUCCCGGGCGUUAUUUCAACAGGUCUCGAAUCGUGGGGCACCACCAAUGUUUCACGCCCGUACUUCCGCAAGCGCCUCUGGGGCAGCUGGAGCAUGAUGCGUGCCUUGGUUUUGGACAAGGAGAAUUGGAAGAGACACCUCAUGUUGGAUCAAGAAACAGGCCUUGAUCCCCCGCAUAUCAAGUUACGGGCUGCCCAAGGCUUCGAUGCAACCGAUUUCUUCAUUACGGGAUAUUGGAUUUGGAACAAGAUUUUCGAAAAUCUUGCGUCCAUAGGGUACGAUCCAACUAAUUCCUUCACCGCCGCUUACGAUUGGCGGCUGGCAUAUCCGAACCUCGAGACCCGGGACCAGUAUUUUACGAGGCUCAAGUCCUACAUCGAAACCGCCCACGAAUUCUCGGGGAAAAAGGCGGUUCUCGUGUCGCACAGCAUGGGCGGGCAAGUUCUCUUCUACUUCUUCCACUGGGUCGCAUCCGAGACAGGUGGCCGCGGUGGCGAUGACUGGGUCGAGAGGCACGUAGAGGCGUGGAUUAAUGUUAGUGGCUGCAUGCUUGGCGCUGUCAAGGAUUUGACGGCAGUACUGUCUGGCGAGAUGCGAGAUACGGCGCAGCUCAAUGCUUUUGCUGUCUAUGGCCUCGAAAAGUUUCUGAGCAAAGACGAGCGGGCGCAACUAUUCCGUGCCAUGCCCGGGAUAUCUUCCAUGCUUCCCAUCGGAGGGGAUGCGGUAUGGGGUAAUUCCACCUGGGCUCCCGAUGAUCAGCCCGGGCAGGACUUCUCCUUCGGGUCACUGCUCAACUUCCGCAGCGGCAUGAACUGGACCACACCCGACCGUAACUUGACGGUCGAAUCGGCCAUGGAAUACCUAUACAACACGACGGAGGAGUGGUACCAAAAACACAUCAAGACAAGUUACUCGCACGGAAUCGCGCACACAGAGGCGGAAGUCGAGGCGAACGAGAAGGACCCCCGCAAGUGGAUUAACCCUUUGGAAACGCGGCUUCCACUGGCGCCGAGCAUGAAGAUUUACUGUUUCUAUGGCGUUGGCAAGCCCACUGAGCGAGGAUACUAUUAUCGGUCUCCAGAGAUGCCGUCUCUCACGAACCUGAACAUCACCAUCGACACAGCUUUCACCCAAGGACAAGUUGACCACGGCGUUGUCAUGGGCGAGGGAGACGGUACUGUCAACUUGAUCAGUACGGGCUACAUGUGCAAUCGUGGCUGGGACUACAAGCGAUAUAAUCCGGCCGGGUCCAAGGUCACUGUGGUAGAGAUGGAGCACGAACCGGAACGAUUCAAUCCCAGAGGUGGACCCAAGACGGCAGACCACGUAGACAUUCUCGGGCGGCAGCACUUGAAUGAGUUGAUUUUGAGAAUUGCAGCGGGCAAGGGGAACACGAUUUCUGACUACGUUGUGAGUAACAUUUUGGAGUAUGCGGAUAAGGUCAAGGUCUACGACGAGGACAAGCAGCCCGAGGAAGAGGAGGAAUAG